AUGACAAUUUCGCUGGUUGCCCUCUUGGUGGUGACUGUGGCCAUGGUGUUCGCGACAGGAGUAGUGUUACCGCCAGCAGGCCGUGUUGUUUGUGCUGGAGGAGAAGGGAACGCUGGGAAGGUGGGGACAGCCAACGAAGGCAAAGCAAGCGAUGGAAGUUUGAUCGAAGGAACGGCCAAGCUAGGUGCUGCAGGGAAAGAAGGAGCAGGAAAAGUAGGAAUUGCGAGCGAAGGCAAGGCCAAGCUUGGUGCUGCAGGGAAAGAAGGUGCCGCGAAUGAAGGAAUUGCGAGCGAAGGCAAGGCCAAGCUUGGUGCAGCAGGGAAAGAGGGUGCCGCGAAUGAAGGAAUUGCGAGCGAAGGCAAGGCCAAGCUUGGUGCUGCAGGGAAAGAAGGAGCAGCGAAAGUAGGAAUUGCGAGCGAAGGCAAAGCCAAGCUUGGUGCAGCAGGGAAAGAAGGAGCAGCGAAAGUAGGAAUUGCGAGCGAAGGCAAAGCCAAGCUUGGUGCAGCAGGGAAAGAAGGAGCAGCGAAUGAAGGCAAGGCCAAGCUUGGUGCUGCAGGGAAUGAUGGUGCCGCGAACGUAGGAAUGGCCAAGCUCGGUGCUGCAGGGAAAGAGGGUGCCGCGAAAGUUGGAAUUGCCAGGGAAGGAACCUUGAUCGAAGGAAUGGCCAAGCUAGGUGCAGCAGGGAAUGAGGGCGCCGCGAAUGAAGGAAUUGCGAGCGAAGGCAAGGCCAAGCUUGGUGCAGCAGGGAAAGAAGGAGCAGCGAAAGUAGGAAUUGCGAGCGAAGGCAAAGCCAAGCUUGGUGCUGCAGGGAAAGAAGGAGCAGCGAAUGAAGGGAUUGCGAGCGAAGGCAAGGCCAAGCUUGGUGCUGCAGGGAAAGAGGGUGCCGCGAAAGUUGGAAUUGCAAGCGAAGGAACCUUGAUCGAAGGGAUGGCCAAGCUAGGUGCAGCAGGGAAAGAGGGUGCCGCGAAUGAAGGAAUUGCUAGCGAAGGCAAGGCCAAGCUUGGUGCUGCAGGGAACGAUGGUGCCGCGAACGUAGGAAUGGCCAAGCUCGGUGCUGCAGGGAAAGGUGGUGCAGCGAAAGUCGGAAUGGCCAAGCUCGGUGCUGCAGGGAAAGAGGGUGCCGCGAAAGUCGGAAUUGCCAGCGAAGGAACCUUGAUCGAAGGAAUGGCCAAGCUAGGUGCAGCAGGGAAAGAGGGUGCCGCGAAUGAAGGAAUUGCGAGCGAAGGCAAGGCCAAGCUUGGUGCAGCAGGGAAAGAAGGAGCAGCGAAAGUAGGAAUUGCGAGCGAAGGCAAGCCCAAGCUAGGUGCAGCAGGGAAAGAGGGUGCAGCGAAUGAAGGAAUUGCGAGCGAAGGCAAGGCCAAGCUUGGUGCUGCAGGGAAAGAAGGUGCCGCGAAAGUCGGGAUUGCGAGUGAAGGCAAGGCCAAGCUUGGUGGUGCAGGGAAAGAGGGUGCCGCGAAAGUUGGAAUUGCCAGCGAAGGAACCUUGAUCGAAGGGAUGGCCAAGCUAGGUGCAGCAGGGAAAGAGGGUGCCGCGAAUGAAGGAAUUGCUAGCGAAGGCAAGGCCAAGCUCGGUGCUGCAGGGAAAGAUGGUGCAGCGAAGGUCGGAAUGGCCAAGCUCGGUGCUGCAGGGAAAGAGGGUGCCGCGAACGUAGGAAUCGCAAGCGAAGGCAAGGCCAAGCUUGGUGCUGCAGGGAAAGAAGGGGCAGCGAAUGAAGGGAUUGCGAGCGAAGGCAAGGCCAAGCUUGGUGCUGCAGGGAAAGAGGGCGCUGCGAACGUAGGAAUUGCCAAUGAGGGCAGUGCAAGACUAGGUGCAGCAGGGAAAGAGGGUGCUGCGAAUGUAGGAAUUGCGAGCGAAGGCAAGGCCAAGCUUGGUGCUGCAGGGAAAGAGGGUGUAGCCAACGAUGGGAUUGCCAAUGAGGGCAGUGCAAGACUAGGUGCAGCAGGAAAAGAGGGUGCUGCGAAUGUAGGAAUUGCGAGCGAAGGCAAAGCCAAGCUUGGUGCUGCAGGGAAAGAAGGAGCAGCGAAAGUUGGGAUUGCGAGCGAAGGCAAGGCCAAGCUUGGUGCAGCAGGGAAAGAAGGAGCAGCGAAAGUUGGGAUUGCGAGCGAAGGCAAGGCCAAGCUUGGUGCUGCAGGGAAAGAGGGUGCAGCCAACGAUGGGAUUGCCAAUGAGGGCAGUGCAAGACUGGGUGCAGCAGGGAACGAUGGUGCUGCGAAUGUAGGAAUUGCGAGUGAAGGCACCUUGAUCGAAGGGAUGGCCAGGCUUGGUGCUGCAGGUGCCGCAGGGAAGCUAGGCACUGCCAAGCUUGGUGCAGCAGGGAAUGAUGGAGCAGCGAAUGUUGGAACUGCGAGAGACGGCGCUGUGAGAGAGGGAAUCUUGAUGGAGGGCAACGCCAGUGUCGGCAGAACAAUCUGA